AUGAGCCUCCUGCAUCGGCUCCAUGGCGCGCGCUGGUGUGCUUUGCGGCAGCAGCGACGGCAGCGCAACGGGGUUCGUGGCGUAUUUGCAGCUGCCGCACUGGACCGCGGUGAGUUGGUGCUGUCGGUACCACUUCGCUACUGCUUCAUUACGCAGCUUGACCUUCCCCACGCCGACGACCGUUCUUCGUCACCGUUAUUGGACACUGUGAGGGAGGUGCGGCACCUGCGCCGCUGCAAUCGCGGCGUGGCGUUGUUUCCGGAGGCGUGGGUGUGGCUGCAGAGGUUCUCCGCUGACGCCUCCGCCGACCGCGUAUCUUUGAGCUCCGCUAUCUCGUGCGAGGCGGCGCCGGGGAGCAUCGCUGCCGCGCCGGCGGUGAUGGCGCUUACUCUCUCCCCGGUAGAGGCCGCCCUCGCUACCUGCGUGGCACUGCGCUACUUCUACGCGCACGCGCUACACCUUUCAGCGGCAACACGUGUUGCCCAUAGUGUUGGCCCGGCGCCACAUGACUUGUCCGACCGGUUUACUGCCAAUCUGCCGUUCGAGGACUACCUGCAGUGGGGGCUGGAGUCCAUCUACAGCGACGCCUCCUCCGCGGAGGCACACCUGUGCCUUGAGCAGCUGUCCAGCAACCUCCGUGACGCCAUCAUGACGCACGCCAACAACAUGGAGUUCCGCUUCCUCGACGAAGCCCCGUCGUUGUUCGACACGGUGCUUCUGACAAGCCUGUACCUGGUGCGUUCCCGCGUUCUGCGGAUGCCACUACUUUCCAGUACCUCGAACAAACCCGAUAGCAACUGUAGUGUCUUCGGGCCGGGGCUGGAUGCACUGAAUCACUGCAGCACGUCACCAGCCGCGGUGGUGGUGGUGUCGGCGGCGCGGCGCUCCGUUGUCGUGCGUGCACGGCGCCGCAUCAACCGCGGUGAAGAGAUUACGCUCGACUACCGACUAACGGGGAGUGGUAGAGGAGUGAGCCGGGGACAUCCAUCUCACAAUGGCUCCCUCCUUCGCGGAGACGUAAUCUGCAUGAACGAUGAUUGGGCGGCACGGUACCUCAUGAACUAG